AUGUUAACAUUAGCAAUUGGUGAUCUAUUUAUACCAGAAAGAACAAUAGAUUUACCUCCAAAAUUUAAAAAACUACUAGCACCAAAUCCAAAUAAUUAUCCAUCAAAUCCAAAAAUUAAUAAAGUAUUAUGUUUAGGUAAUAUAACAAAUUCUUCCAAGCUUCUAAAAUUCUUGUAUGAUAUAUCAUUAGAUUUUCAAUUAACAAAAGGAGAAUUUGAUAAUCCAAAUAUAAUAUCUCAACAAUUACAAUUUUUAAUACCUACUUCCAAAAAUAAAAAGAAUGAAUUACCUCAAAUACCAAUGUAUAAUAAAUUUAAUCAUGAUAAUUUAAAAAUUGGAUAUACAAAUGGUUAUCAAAUUGUACCAAGAGGUGAUCCAUUACAAUUAAGUAGUAUAGCAAGAGAAUUAGAUGUUGAUAUUUUAAUUUGGGGUGGAACUCAUAGAGUUGAAGCUUAUACUUUAGAUGGGAAAUUUUUUAUAAAUCCUGGUAGUGGAACAGGAGCUUUUAGUUUAGAUUGGCCAGAAUUAGACGAUGAAGAGGAAGAGGAUAUAGAGAGAGAAGAGGAAGUAAAAAAGGAAAGUUCAAAAGAAGAUUCAAAAGAAAAAGGAGAGACCAAAUCAAAUGAGGAUACUGAGGAAGAAUCAAAAGAUGAACCAAAACAAACAGAAGAAGAUUUAGAAAAAGCCAGAGAAGAAAAAGAAAAAGAAAUACUUUUUGAAGUAACAGAAAUGAAUACAAAUAUUCCAUCUUUUUGUCUACUAGAUACAAAUGGUUCAACAUGUAUUCUUUACAUUUAUACAUAUUUUAAUAAUGAAGUAAAAGUAGAUAAAGUUACAUAUUCAAGGGAAUAA